ACUCUUUUUAAAUUUGUUUUUCUUAUUCGUACUAAAAUUACCGACGUCUGUUUACAUCUAAUUAGAGAAAUGUUGAUUCAGGAAAACAUUUUAUAUUACGUUUUAUUUAUAUUUUCAACUGUAACAAAUAUUGUCAUAGGAAUCGCAUCAACUAUUGUUUGCCCAGGAAAAGAUGUCAACGAAAUACGCCAGGAAGCUGAGAAAUUUGAAUUAUCAUUUCUAUUUUAUCACGCAUCAUGGAAUGAUGAUAGUCGUACUGCACUUAAGGUGUAUGACCAGAUUGCGGUAGAUUAUCAAAAGCAUAUUUAUUUUGCUACUAUCGAUUGUUAUCAUCUUGCCUGCAAUUGCAGCAAAACACAUUCGUUUUCUCUUGGUUCCGGUGCUCCUAAUAAGUGGCCAACAUUAAUUGUACAUUACGGUCAUCGAAUUCCAGUGCAAUAUAAUGGAGAAUGGAAUGUAAAAUCUCUUCACAGAUUUAUUGAGAACCUAUUUUAUCCAGUGGAACGAGUACAGACAAAAGAAGAAUUAAAAAAAUUGAACAUGGAGAGAGAUGCUGUCGUAUUAGGUGCCUUUGAUUUUGAAUCACAACUAGAGUAUCGAAAAUUUGUAAGUGCCGGAGUAAAGUGGCUUGAAAUUGACCCAAAGGGUAGUUUUCGAUUUGCAGCAGUAUUCGGUAAAGCGGCUGAUCUUGGAUUGAAUGAAGUGAAUAACACCAAUGAGAAAUCACAAUUAUUAUUUAUUAGUAACAAAGGUAUGAACGAGCCGCCAAUCAAAUGGAAUGUAAGCAAUAUUGUUUUGUGGUUAAAGAAUGAGUUUGUACGGUCCGUGAGCAAUUUGUAUGAAUAUAAUUCACCAAAAAGUAUACCUGUACUUUUACGCUCGUCGCCUGUAUUGAUCUUAGUUGGAAGUGAUUAUUUCUAUGAAUAUAUGAAAACUCUAACCAAUCCGGAAAUAUCUGCAAACAAGCUAUGUUCUACACAAUAUUUAAACCAGGACAUUGCUCAGCAUCAUGAUCUGGAAUAUGUUAAGGAAACAUUGGAAAAAAUUGACCUUUUAAAUCCAAACAGUUGUUAUGAAAAAGAAUUCAUUAGCCAUUGGAAUUUGCGCUAUUACUACUCCUUAAAUAGCUUUCUUACACGCUUUAUACACAACAUAACUCACAAUCCUAAUCAUGAAAUCAACUCUGAAUUGAUGAUUGAAAAACUGAAAUCCUGCUUUCGAAAUGAUCAAUUUGAUUCGCCAAGUAGGAAAAUGUUGGCUGCGAAAUAUUUGAAAAACUUUGUUGAUAAUAACUGGCUUGAUUUCAAAUCGGAGCAAAACGUAUCACUUUCUGUUGUGCUUUUGGAUGAGGAUAAACACUUCGACUUUUUACAGUCUCUAGGAGUUAAGUCAACUUCCGCGCAUAAAUCCGUUACAAUGAUAAUUGCUGACAAAAUGCAAGAGAGUAUUUUCUUGUCCCAAACUGCUUUCACGUACGAAGCGCUGAAACAUUUUGUACGAAGCUACUACAAUAACAACCUUACGGCAUAUACAACUGCAAGCAAAUUGAAAAUAUAUUCUCAGCUCACGCAAAAUAAAAUAUUUAUUGAAAAUAUAAAUAGCGAAUUUUUUUUAAAGAAAAUAGAACGAUCUAAUUUAACGACUAUUGUACUGCUUUAUUCGCCACACUGCAUGUUCUCGACUCUUUUCUCACAGUCACUUGUACAAUUAGCCGCUCUACUGGAUGAUUCAUCUGGUAUUCAAAUAAUACGCAUAAAUACUCUAUAUGAUGAGCUACCCUGGGCCUUUAAAAUUGAAAACACUCCUACAUUGAUUGUAUUUCCACGAAGUCGUCCAGCCGAUACUCGCAUAUUUCCUAGGCACUUGAAAUCGGAUGUUCGUAAUAUUUUUAGCUUUACCUUAGCUCAAAUGGAACCGGUGGAACAGUUAAAAGCUUUACUCAGUUUUUGUCGUAGCCGAAAACUUUACUCGCAGGGUAUGCGAAAAUGUUUACAAUAUAUAAGAACCUUGGCCGACCAACAUAUUUCCGGGGACAUAUAUUUACAGCAAUUAGUUAAAAAUCGAUUUGCAGAUGAACAAAUGUCUGAAUGGAGAGAAGUAGAUUUGGAAAUAAAAAAAAUUUUACCCAUUUUCUAAAAAUAUGCCCCAAUAAAUUUAUUUAUGUACUUGGUUUCAAAUCUUGAGUUUUGCCUAUGUGAGUGUAUUUAGAUUAAAGAAGUUAAACCAAGAAUUUGUAUGCAUGUAUAGAUACAAUAUAUUCAAUUUUCAAAUGGAUUGGUUAUUUUACCGAAA